GCUCCCCCUUGAGUACACGAACCAGUGCGCACGCGCGGAACAUUCGAUCGUUGGUGGUGUAGCUAAGGGCUAAGCUACGGAUCCAGCCAACAUGGAGAGAAAAGUGCUGGCACUCCAGGCGAGGAAGAAGAGGGGGAAGAAAGCAAAGAAGACCAGCAAAAAGCAGACAAUAAAUUCCAGAGCUCGACAGCAUCUCCAGCAAGAAGCCUCGCCUCAGGAACCCGAGGAACCUGAGGAGAUCCUCGGCUCUGAUGAUGAAGAGCAGGAGGACCCCAACGACUACUGCAAAGGUGGCUACCACCAUGUGAAAGUAGGAGACCUUUACAAUGGAAAAUACCAUGUCAUCCGGAAACUGGGCUGGGGACACUUCUCCACCGUGUGGCUCGCCUGGGACAUCCAGGUGAAGCGGUUUGUUGCAAUGAAGGUGGUGAAGAGUGCGGAGCAUUACACAGAGACAGCUGUGGAUGAGAUCAAACUCCUCAGAUCCGUGAGAAACUCAGACCCCAAUGAUCCCAACCGGGAGAUGGUGGUCCAAAUGGUAGAUGACUUCAAGAUCUCUGGUGUCAAUGGAACCCAUGUCUGCAUGGUGUUUGAGGUGUUGGGCCAUCACUUAUUAAAGUGGAUAAUAAAGUCCAAUUAUCAAGGGCUGCCCCUGCCUUGUGUGAAGAGCAUUAUAAGACAGGUACUCCAAGGCCUAGAUUACCUGCACACAAAGUGUCAGAUCAUCCACACAGACAUCAAGCCAGAGAAUAUCCUGAUGAGUGUUGAUGAGCCGUAUGUCCGGAAGCUCGCAGCUGAAGCUACAGAGUGGCAGAGGGCUGGGGCACCGCCUCCCUCUGGUUCAGCAAUAAGCACAGCACCUGCUCCAAAACAGACAGUAAAAAUGUCCAAGAACAAGAAGAAGAAGUUAAAAAAGAAACAGAAGCGUCAGGCAGAGCUGCUGGAAAAGUGCAUCCUGGACCUCGAGGAAAUGGAAAAGAACACAGAGACACGAGAGGAUGAAGAAGAUGACGAUGAGGACCCACAGUCUCCAAAGGGACGAGCCUGUGCUCCUCUCAGACGGGUGUCUGUUCUGGAUCUAGGAGAUGAGGAAACAGAGGAGAGCAGUGUGAAUGCAGAUCUCAUGAGGGUGGGACCAGAGGGGCUGUUGGAGUUUAACUGUAAUGGCCAUGUGGAGGCGGACCAGAGACAGUCCCAGUGGAGGGACGAAGACCAACACAAUGGCAACACAGAGCCCACAGAGAAAUGUGCCAUUCAGGAGGAGCAACAGGCGGAGGAGUCCCCAGUUCACCUCAUCUGCAACGGUGUGGACUCGGCAGAUCUCAAGGAGCUAGACACUGAGACUGAAGGCAGGGGCGCUCACAGCAGUGGAGUAACUGAGAGACACCUUCCUGUUGGGCUGGAGGAGGGAGAGCUGGAGCAAAGCAUUUUGCAGGGGGAGGAUGAGGACGGGCCCGAAAGCCUGGAUGGCAAGCUGACAGCAGGAGCCCUGCUAGUUAACCCCCUUGAGCCACUCAAUUCAGACAAGAUCAAGGUCAAGAUUGCAGACUUGGGAAAUGCUUGCUGGGUGCACAAGCACUUUACAGAAGACAUCCAGACGCGGCAGUACAGGUCUUUAGAGGUGCUCAUCGGUGCUGGAUACAGCACACCGGCCGAUGUAUGGAGCACAGCCUGCAUGGCCUUUGAGCUCGCCACAGGGGACUACUUGUUUGAACCACAUUCUGGGGAAGAUUAUUCCAGGGAUGAAGACCAUCUUGCUCUCAUGAUUGAGUUGCUCGGUAAAAUCCCUCGUCACUAUGCUCUGAGUGGGAAAUACUCACAGGAAUACUUCACCAAGAGAGGGGAUUUAAAACACAUCACCAAGCUGAAGCCGUGGGGCCUGCUGGAGGUGCUGGUUGACAAGUACGAGUGGCCCCGUGAAGAAGCCGAGUGCUUCACGGACUUCCUGCUUCCCAUGCUGGAGCUGAUCCCAGAGAAGAGAGCCACUGCUGCAGAGUGCUUGCGUCACCCCUGGCUCACCCUCUAGUGGAGACCUCAAGCAAUUGCACCUUCCUUCCCUCCCACUCUCUCCAGAGACUGCAACAGAUCACUUUCCAAUUUGGGCAUAUCGAAUGAAUAUUUAUUUCUCUUUUUUAGUUUUGUUUCGUUGAUUUGGAUUUCUUAUGUUCUUGUUAUUGAACUGAUGUUUGCUUUGUAUUGGUUGGUUCUUCUCGGUGUGAUGACGUCAGGAAUCCAGUGGUUUAUAUUACUUUGUGGUCAUGCUGGCUCCAAUCUGCUGUGCUCCGUUCACCCACCCAACUACGCAAACCUGUUAUUGUACUGCUAGUGACUCUUCCUUGUUUGUUACACUCCUGCACUAAACAAAUUAAGGAUAUGUAGCCUUCCCCCCUAAAACGAUCUGCUAUUACUUCUUUUCUCGUACAUUUUCAUUAGUGCGGUGUGUUUUUUUAUUUUUUUUAUUUUUUUUAAAUAAUAAUUUGAUCUUAUUAAACAUGUAAGGUAAACAUUUUGUAUUUGUAAAGUAGGCUGAGGAAGUUGCACACUGGGCUGACAUGUUAACUGACUCUGGUAAUGUUCACAGCAUUUCUCCAGACAGUUUCUUAGAUACAUCGCUGUCAGAUAUUGUAGGUCAUAUUAUUUAGCCAUAACAAAUCUGUUGUCAUCUGGUACUUGGUGUGGUUAGUUAAAUAUAAUAAAUGAGAUCUUUCAUUCUCAUGGGAGGCUGGUAUUCUCAUACAACUAAUACAAAUCAGGAAUCUGUUUUGAAGGUUUCAAAAAGACAGACAUGUUAAGAAGCCGUAGUCAAAGGAAGAAAACAAAAAAAGUGAAAAUGAACUGUAUAUAUCUGUACCAAAGAGUUUGCCUUUAUGUAUAUUACAGUUAUGUACAGUUUUUAACAAAUCUUAUAUCUUAGCUAAAGAUAUUUAGCUGGGUAGCUGUGUUUUAAUAAAGAGUAUGGAAGAUGUGUUCGAGCUCAGUUGUAUGUAUGGCCAACUCUUCAAUAAUGUCUCUGUUUUUACCAACAAAAUGGUGAUAUCUGAUGUUAUGUAAUGGUGUCCCAAAUCAAUCAUAUCAAAAUCACCUAUGUAUCUAUUGAGCCUAGGUAACAGCAAAAUGUACAUCAGUGUCAGUUUCAAGAACAUGGACUUUGUGUAAGCUGUCAAUUUACAAAAACACACCAUACAAUAAAAACAGAUGUUCAUACAAUA